ACUGCGACAUCUAAAUGGACUUACUCACAUGUUGCUAUCAUUUAACAAUCAUACAGGAGAGAAUCCCUGUCUCUGUGUCUCUUGUCUCAGAGUCCAUCACAAAAAGAUUUAACUCCUCAAACCACAAACUGUAACUCAGCUGUUUCUACAUAGCAUUAACCUCAGCUUAGAUCUGUAAAGAUGUAUCGUGGGCUAGUGUUACUGUUCUUGGUUUUGGUGCUGGAAACCCGACGGAGUGAGUCGAGCUGUCAGCAGUCAGAGUCUCAUAGAUCAGUUUCAGGCGAGAGUCCAAGUUUUCGGCUGUCGGCUCAUAACAUGCUGAAGAGGUAUAAUGACAUAGAUUAUGACAGUUUCGUCGGAUUAAUGGGGCGAAGGAACGUCGACACAGCUGAUAUACCACCUCAGCGUAAAAGGGAAAUGCAGGAUAUCUUUGUUGGACUCAUGGGUCGACGAAACGCUGACCCUGAAACUGGGCGUCCGUGGAGGAAAGAGAAUCCAGAAACAGGCGCAAGAGGAGGCAACUUCUUCAACAAAUGCAAACUGAGGUUUCGUCAUGGGUUAUAGGCAAAUGAAUUAUUCCAUUUCCAGUGAAUCAUCUAUCCCACCCUUUCAUGACAAUUCUUUUGAGCAACAACAGAAAGUCAUAAUUUAUUUUACAAAAGUUAUAGAGCAAAAUAAAAUAUUUAUAUAAGAAUGAAUCAAAUAAACAUAAUUUCUUAUGGUGUGAUUUGUUUCAUUGUACUGCAGAUUAUACUACAUUUACCUAGAUAUAUCACCACAUUUGCAAAUCCACUCACAUCCCCUGCAUUUUAAUAUAUUUAUUAAGUUAUUUUUGCUGUCUAAUGUAUAAAACAUGAUUUUUUAAAAUAAAAAAUUAUCUCUGAUCUCACAA